UUCUUUAUUUUUAUCUCUUUACUCUCAAUUUCCCCAUGGAAAAAUGGACGAUCAAUAUCCCCUCUCCGAUCUCCGCCACCUCUUGAGUACGCCUCCAUCUCGUUCCCAUUUCCCUUCUUCUUCCUCAAUUCCCCACCAUGAUCUCUCCUCCUCCGCCUUUCGCCACCACCAUACUCCCUACGACCUCAUCAUGAUGAUGCCACGCGACACUCCCCUCCCCGACUUUCGCUCCGAUUCCACCACUACACCAUCUGCUUCCAUACUCUCCCCUCACCCUGUUCACAACGCUUUCGACCCCGAAACCGCGUCCAUCGCUGCCGACUGCGCUACAGCUCGAUGGCCUCGACAAGAAACCCUUACGCUCUUGGAAAUUAGAUCUCGACUUGAUUCUAAGUUCAAAGAAGCUAACCAAAAAGGCCCCCUUUGGGAUGAAGUUUCUAGAAUUAUGGCUGAGGAACACAAUUAUCAAAGAAGUGGGAAAAAAUGCAGAGAAAAGUUUGAGAAUUUAUAUAAAUAUUACAAAAAAACAAAGGAAGGCAAAGCUGGAAGACAAGAUGGUAAGAAUUACAGAUUCUUUAGGCAAUUGGAAGCUCUCUAUGGUGAAACAAGCAAUUCUCCUUCACUUCCAGAUUCCCAUUUUGUUGGAGACACAAACCUCAGAUUCCAACAAAAUGGAACUAACAAUCCAACCGCCUCCGCUCCGAUGAGCCACGAAGCUCACCAGAAGCAUUACUGCGAUAGCCUUAGCCUAUCCAACACCUCCGAGUUUGAAACCUCGGCUUCAUCAGAUGGCAAUGACGACCUCGGCUCAGUUGGUGUAAUGGAUAACGAUUCAAUGGAGAAAAGAAGGAAGAAGCGAGGCGGAAAAUGCUGGAAGGCUAAAAUUAAACAGUUCAUCGACUCGCAAAUGAGGAAGCUAAUUGAUAAACAAGAGGCUUGGUUGGAGAAGCUCAUGAAAACUCUUGAACAAAAGGAAAAGGAGAGAAUGAUUCGGGAUGAGGAAUGGAGAAGACAAGAAGUGUCAAGAAUGGAUAGGGAGAGAAGCUUUUGGGCAAAGGAGAGAGCAUGGAUAGAAUCUAGAGAUGCGGCAUUAAUGGAUGCAUUACAAAGGCUAACAGGAAGAGAAUUGAGAGAUAAUAAUCAAUACAACUCCUCGCCUGACCACGGAUUAAUUGUAGCCGAGCAUCAUCGAAACAAUAACGAGAAUCAAAACGAAGACGGGAGCGAAAUACUAAACAACAACACAGCUAGAGAAUUAUUAGCAGACAACAACGAUAAUUACCAAAGGAAAAUAAUUGAUAAUCAUGGCAACAAGAAACGCAAGGAGAAUUCAACAUCAACAACCACCACCUACAAUCUUUACUUCCAACAACACACAGAUUCCUCCCUCUAUAGCCGUGGCGGUGGCGGACAGUACGACGGUGCCACCCACAUCAAGGAACAAAGUCCAAAUAGUUCGAACGCAGGUGGCAGCGGUGGUGGUCAUGUGGUGCAAGAUAACUGCUUCAGGUUCUUGAUGGGUGAAGGAGAUCAAUCUCAAUCUGGUUUGUGGGAAAAUUUUGGCCUCAAACUCAACAAUGGAAGUGACCAAACUUGAAAUACUUAGACAAUGGAAAAUCUUUGAAAGAGAGAUUGAUUUUCUGAUCUAGGGUUUAGCUGGUUGAGAUUAUUUAAUUUGAAGUUAAUUAAGUUAGCUAGUCAAUGAAUAUAUUUAGUUAAUUAUUAAUGGGAUUUCUUCAUCCAAGUUGUUUGAAUUGGAGAAGAGGGCCAAGAAUUUUUAUUAUUAUGAUUAUUGCAAAUUAAUUAAUCAAAUAUUGUUUUUUUUCCC